UUCCACGUUGACGUAGACGGUUCAUUCACCCUUGGACUUGGUAAUCAACUUUGGUACUUACUAGUAACUACUAGUAAUAAUUGAACAACAACAAGGGUAUGGUUCAACAACUGAAUUGAAAUAGUAUUUCAUUAGAACAGUUAGUUAUAACGAGACAGAGAGUGGUAAUCAUCAAUGGAUUUUGUUCAACAACUGACUUCCCUUGACUGGCAACAAGAAUCCUACCCUGCCUUUCAUGAUUUCUUCAUUAUACCUAUCUUCACUCUCUUCUUCCCUUCCCUUCGUUUUCUUCUCGAUAGGUUCAUCUUUGAGAAAGUGGCCAGACGGUUGAUUUUUCGAAAAGGACAUGAUGUGCAUGAUUUUCAGACAGAUGAUAGGAGAAAGAAGAUUAGGAAAUUUAAGGAAUCAGCAUGGAAGUGCGUGUAUUUUCUGUCGGCAGAAAUUUUUGCUAUAUCUGUAACAUACGAUGAACCUUGGUUUACUGAUACAAAAUAUUUUUGGGUCGGGCCAGGGAAUCAGAUAUGGCCAGAUCAAAAGAUUAAAUUGAAAUUGAAGGGGCUGUAUAUGUAUGGUGCUGGAUUUUAUUCAUACUCCAUACUUGCUUUAAUAUUCUGGGAAACUAGACGCUCUGACUUUAGGAUUUCCAUGACCCAUCAUGUUGUCUCUCUCAGUCUCAUUGUGUUAUCCUACAUUUUUAGGUUUGUUCGAAUUGGAUCAGUUGUUUUAGCCCUUCACGACGCUUCUGAUGUGUUUCUGGAGAUAGGCAAAAUGGCCAUAUACAGCAGUGCAGAAUCAAUAGCUAGCUUUGCGUUUAUCCUUUUUGUCUUGUCUUGGACCAUACUGCGCAUCAUUUACUACCCAUUCUGGGUUCUUCGAAGUACAAGCUAUGAAGUGAUUGACACCUUGAAAUUGGACAAGCAUCUGGUGGAUUAUUCAAUACAUUAUCAUGUAUUCAAUACUCUUCUAUUCUGCUUGCUUGUUCUUAAUAUUUAUUGGUGGGUGCUAAUGCUUCGGAUGCUUGUUGGUCAAAUCUGUGCAAAAGGGAAAGUUAGUGAAGAUAUCCGAUCUGAUUCUGAAGAUGAACAUGAACAUGAGGAAUGAACAUGAAAACAAAAUUGGCUAUUGUCUCACUUUUUGAAAUGGUAUCAAAUUUUUUACAUGCACCUAGGCAUGUCAUAUAUUGUCACAUUUUAUGUUAUAACAAUGUAAAAUUCACCAAAAUUUAGUGUAUAUAAACACUAAGCUGCUUGUACAAAACAUUUAUGCUAAUAGUUCAUAUAAUCAUGUAGAAAUGUUCCCAUACAGAUGAAAAUUUGAGCCUACAUUUCUUUUUAUCGCUCAAUCAA